CAGUUCCCCCCAUUAACUACGAAGGGCAUAUGUUUAUGAUCGUCUAACGGAACCAUUUUGGCAGUGUGUGUGUGGAAUUUGCCGGCUCGUGUUUCUGUCCUUUUCCGCACGACAGCUUUUCCACGAAUAAUUCCAUGCCAUCAGUGUCAUCCAAACACAAACUGAUGUCCAGGAGAGAACACGGCAUGUCGCCACUAGGAGAGCGAGAGGACGCGGCCCUCCGGCAGUGUGUUCAGGCUCGGGCGCAGCUGGAGGGGGCCAUAGCUGGAGUGAUUAAAGCUGAGGCCCAGCUCAGGGGGAACUCUCGAGAGGUGAAAUCUCAGCUGCACAGCUGUAUCAGCAGGCAUUUGGAGACACUGCGCUCACGAGAGGUUUGGCUGCUCGAGCAGAUUGACCUGUUGGAGCACCUGAAGGCAGAAGCUCUGCAGCAGCAGUUACAGCAGCUCCACUGGCUCCGGGGCCAGUUUGACAUCCUGAUCCAUCAACUGCAAAAUUCCAACAGCAACAGCCUUGCCAGCCAGCUCACUAGCUGCUUGGAAAAGUUUUCUGGUCUGAAUCUGAGUCCUGAGGAAACGCCAGAGAUGAGUUUUGAAGCGGACGCCCGCUCCUUGCGCCAAGCCAUUACCUCUUUUGGGACCAUUUCCACUCAGAUGUUGAAGACCUCUGUCUCCAGCCUAACCAGUCAAAAAUCAGGCUCUGCUGAGGAAACUUGGCUUGUACAAAACUGCCCCGUCGCUACAAAGAGACAGAAGCUGGAUCAAGAAUGGGGAGGCCCACUUGCCGAGUGGUUACUCACCAAAGGUCCUGUGACUAGCGCUCCAAUUGUAUACCAGUCCAGUAAUGACCCUCAGGAUUGGCUGUUAACCCCUAAAGAGAAACUUCAGGUACAUUGCCCACUUGUCCCCUUUGACUUCCAGAAGGCUUGGGGUCAGCUCAAAGAUCUAGAGGUGUGGCUCCUGAAGGAGAAGUCUCCUGCACGUGAGCGAACCAGCAGCAAUGCCAGCACUAGCAGCUCCGCUUUCUCCAUCGAGAAGAUUGAAGAGAAUGACUUCAAAGAGGAAGGGGAAGUUGAGGGAGUCCAAAUGGAGAAUGAUGAGGAGACUGAUAACACUGAGGCUUUUGACGACUGGCUCAUCACCCCCAAAAGCAAGUCAAUGGAGACCAGCCCUGCUUCAGAUGCAGAUCAGUGGAAGCAGGUGUUCAAACCCUUUCAUGAGACCUUUUCCCCUGACGAAUGGCUCCCAAAGUCAGACUGUGGCUCGUGCUGCACCUCACGUGUCAAGGCAGUGGAGAUUGAGAACCUGGGGAAGCUCAAGUGCCUGAAAACUCCCCUGUCUUCGGCUGCCGCUGCUCCCACUACUCCCACUCGCUCUUCUGUGAGUCCUGAUCCAGUGGAGGUCUGGCUCCAGCAGGUCGUCCCUAUAGAAAAUAACUGCAAAGCCAAUGAGACAUGUUCAAGCUUUGCGCAGUGUGUGUGCGACACCAACUGUGGGAAGGAGGCUCUGAGUGCCUGGCUACUUAAGAAAGAGGGCAGAGACAAGAAUGGCAUUCCCAUGGACAAGAAUGCCACCAACAAACCAGCCAUGUUACAGCAGCAGGAGCAGAAGGUGCAGGCCAUCCUGGACGCCUGGCUCCAUCCCAGCAAAAGAGUAGAAGCUCCAUUUCUGUCCUCUCUGUCAGGCUGGGUUUCUCCAUGCAAGCUUGGGGGGAAGGAGAAAGCCACUUUUGAGGAGAGGAGCUCACACGUUAAUUUGCUCAGAGUUUCUGAGGGUCCCUUCCACAAACCCCUGAAACCUGAGAAUUGGGUGCUGGCUGAAAAGAAACACACAGAGACCUCCAGCAAGCAGAACACACCAGAGCCAGACACUGAAGAUGACAAAUGGCUCCUACGCAAGAGGGCCAACGUACAGGACAGACUUGGUCUUCCCAAAGUAUGUGAUUUAUUUUCCUGUCUUAAGCUUGACGGGGACAAGGAGAAGUGGCUACAUCACAUUCCUGUACAGAUGUGAAAACCGAAUCCUAUUCAGUAAUCCUCUCCUGGACCUACUGAAUUGCUGAUCAUCCUGCAGAAAAUCAUCUGUUGCCUUAUUUUCAAAUUUCUAUAGGCUCAAAGGUCUCUCUCUAACUGUUCUAAUUGUUUUCGUUGUUAAAUAAGUAUUUGCUUAACGUUGUGCUCUCAGGAGAGAAUAAGGCUUUUCAAGCAGCAUAAAAAUUUAGUUGAAGUUAUUACAGAAGGAAAUCAAUAAGUGUUUGUGCAGAAAGUGCUACGCCAAACCAGUGAAACAAAUUUUACAUGACCUUAUGAGAUAAAGGUCAUAAAAGAAUGGAUGAACUUGAUUUAUGUAAAAGGAAAAAUAAUUCUUUGAGGCUGAAGAAUAAUGAUGAAGCUGAUCAAGAGUUUUUUUUAAAUCAUGCAUUAAACAAUUAAGCAUGCUUUUUACAUAUGAGAGGUUCCUGUACACCCAGAGGAGAAAAGACUGGUUUAUUGGCACAGUUCAUUCCAUUUUGCUGAGAUGCAUUUUGCCUGAAGUUUGGCAUUUUCCUACUUAAAUUGCAUUCAUUUAUGAAGCCAUGUGGUUAAUUUUUUAAAUGUAUGGUGAAACAUGAUCCUGGAUUGUUGACCAGAUAGUUUUCUUCCAGUAUGGAAAGCUGAAAUUGUUUUCUAAAAUGGCAUGUAAUGGCAAGGAGCAGCACAUUUAAAGGAAUAAGCACACUAAAGAGGUAAACAAACAAUACAAUAUUCUGCAUAGCUCAUUUUGAUAACUACUCAUCUUCCGGUAUUUAAGGUUUGCCACAGUGUGUUAAGAGAAUCUGAGUUUGUUUUUAUUCCACUUUAUUGUGUAUGUUUAGACUGAACGGAUAGCGUACAGUAAUUCCUGAAUACAGCGUGGCAAACGUACAUAAGAAAACAUAGUAAGUUAUAACCACUUGUUUUUCUUUCUGCUCGGUCACCUUAGAUGGUUCUCAAAGCUAUGUUGCUUUAGCUAGCAUGGGUUCGAGAAGACAUAGUUAGGUGCAGUAGAUUAAUUAAUAAAGCAAAUGUAAAAUAUUAAGCAGAUUUACCAAGAAACCUUAAAAGAGGACUUUGCCAGCUCACCCUAAAAGGACCAAGGGUUUGGUGCAAUACAUAGUAACAAGAUGUGACAUUAAUACCACUUUUAUGUGAGUGUUUUAUUAGGGUCCCUUUUUAAACCCAUUAUCUCAUUCUGAAGUGCAAAACUACAAGCACAAAUGCAUCACAAACAAAUCCUACACCUAUGCUGAUUGGAGUAUUAUUGCUUGUAUGCUUUCUGUCCUCUGCUCCAUGUAUCAUAAUCUAACUAUUAAUAAAUAUAUUUAAACACAUUAAAA